CUCUAGAGGAAAGGAAGAGUUGUCUUCACAACUUGCUGUACAGUAUCUGAAUAGUGAAAGCACAAUGGACACUUUUUAGAGUUUUACAGAAAUCAAAAAUCAUCUAGGAAGAAGAACAUUUGACUUCAAGGAAUAACAGACUUCAGAGAGCCCAGGAAUUGGUCACUGAUAAAUCUGAUUUGGCUAUACAGCUUGGGAAUGAAUACCAUUGAGACAGCAAAGCUUGAAGAGCAUAUGGAGGGUCAAAACAAUGACACUUCUAAUGGCUACUCAAGACCUACUCUCUCAGUCAGUGAAGAGAAUAAAAAUGGCACUAGCAAACCAAAGGGCUUGUCUAAUGGCUUACGAAAAACAACAAAGAAAUAUCCUGAUUACAUCCAGAUUGCUAUGCCUGCUGAGUCUAGGAACAAAUUUCCUCUGGAAUGGUGGAAAACAGGCAUUGCCUUUAUCUAUGCUCUCUUCAACUUGAUUCUAACAACUGUCAUGAUCACUGUGGUCCAUGAGAGAGUCCCUCCAAAGGAGCUAAGCCCUCCCUUGCCUGACAAAUUUUUUGAUUACUUUGAUCGUGUGAAAUGGGCUUUUUCUGUAUCAGAAAUAAAUGGAAUGAUACUAGUUGGAUUAUGGAUAUUCCAGUGGUUGUUUCUUAGAUACAAAUCAAUAGUGGGACGCAGGUUCUUUUUUAUAAUAGGAACUCUGUAUCUGUACCGCUGUAUUACCAUGUACGUUACCACCUUACCUGUGCCUGGAAUGCAUUUUCAGUGUGCGCCAAAGUUGAAUGGAGAUUCUCAGGCAAAGGUUCAGAGGAUCCUGCGACUGAUUUCUGGUGGUGGUCUAUCUAUAACUGGAUCGCACAUCCUGUGCGGAGACUUCCUGUUCAGUGGUCACACUGUGGUAUUAACACUGAUCUACCUGUUCAUCAAAGAGUAUUCACCACGUCAUUUCUGGUGGUAUCACUUAAUCUGCUGGCUAAUGAGUGCUGCUGGCAUAAUUUGUAUCCUUGUUGCUCAUGAACACUAUACUGUGGAUGUCAUCAUUGCUUAUUAUAUCACCACGCGGCUCUUCUGGUGGUACCACUCAAUGGCUAAUGAAAAGACUUUAAAGGUCUCUUCGCAGACAAAUUUUCUCUCUCGAGCAUGGUGGUAUCCGAUAUUUUAUUUCUUUGAGAAGAAUGUGCAAGGCUCUGUUCCUUGUAGCUUUUCCUGGCCGCUAUCUUGGCCUCCCAGCUGCUUCAAAUCUUCAUGCAAAAAGUAUUCACGGGUUCAGAAGACAGGAGAGGACAAUGAAAAAUCUACCUGAAGAGGAGGAGGAAAGCAUCUGCUCUGUUUUUUUACCAAAACAUUAAUGCUGUAACCAAAGUUCUUAAGAGGACUAUACUGUAACUGAAGAAGUGGACCAAGCUUCUGUGCAAUUGAUUGGAAAGACAAUUGUAGACACAUAUUUCCGUUUCAUAUGUUUUCCUAUCAUCAGACUGUACAGACCUAUUCUACUCUUCAGUGCUAAUAGAAUGCACCACUGAUGGGAUUUUUUUAUUAAAGAAAAAAUGGAGCAGCACU